UACAAAUCUGACAAGGUAUAGAGAUCUGAUAGAACACCGUUAAAACCUUUUGUCCCUACCAAUUAUUUUGAUGGUGCAUGCCUUUAUACAACAAUGGGUGAAAACGGUAGCCCCAUCAGUGUAAUUCUGGUAAGUUCAGGAAGUAGAGGCAAUAAGUUGCUUUUCCGAUAUCCAUUCCAGAGAGAUCCAGAACCAUGCUCAUCAAAGACAGAUAAUCCAAGAAGCUAUUAUGCUUUCAACAGUACUGGUGAUAAUGCAGAGGAUCCAGAUGGUGAUUCAAGAGAACCUUCUCCUCUAACAGAUGAGCAAUUGGUUGCAGGGUUUUCAGAUGUCAUACUUGCAACCAUUCUAGCUACAAAGUCAGAUAUGUGUGGUAAAAAGUUUGAACUGAAGAUUGAUAAUAUUCGUUUUGUUGGACACCCAACUUUGCUUCAGCAUGCAGUGUGCCAGGUGUCAAAAACAGAUCCUUCACCUAAGAGAGAGAUGCCCACGAUGAUUCUUUUUAAUGUGGUCUUUGCUUUAAGGGCCAAUGCAGACACCUCUGUUAUAAACUGCUUGCACAACCUUUCUCGUCGAAUUGCCAUAGUUCUACAACACGAAGAACGUCGUUGUCAGUACUUGACCAGAGAAGCCAAACUCAUCAUGGCCAUUCAGGAUGAAGUGUCUGCUAUGUCUGAAAUUGGGGGCCCACAGUCUCCUUUUCAUCAUAUUUUACCAAAAAGCAAAUUGGCGAGAGACCUGAAGGAAACUUAUGACAGUCUCUGUACUACUGGUGUAGUGCGCCUUCAUAUUAACAACUGGUUGGAAGUCAGUUUUUGCUUACCCCAUAAGAUACACUACGUUGGAUCACAUUGUAUUCCCCCAGAUGCCAUAGAAACAAGUUUGAAAUGUAUCAGGCCUUACCAUGCUUUGCUGCUUCUAAAAGAUGAGAAAAUCUUAUUAAAUGACCUUCCACUGGACUGCUCUCCUGCUUUAGUAAGAAUCAUCAAAUCUGCAUCUGCUGUAAAGAAUCUACAGCAGCUGGCGCAAGAUGCUGACCUUGCUUUAUUACAGGUAUUCCAGCUUGCAGCACAUUUGGUGUAUUGGGGCAAAGCUAUUAUCAUUUAUCCGCUAUGUGAAAACAAUGUAUAUAUGCUCUCUCCUAAUGCAAAUGUCGGCCUCUAUUCACCUUUGCCAGAACAUUUUUCACUUCAGUUUCCGUUACAUGAUCUCCCCUCAGUUCUUGCAAAGUUUUCACUGCCGCUUUCAUUAUCAGAAUUUAAAAACCCAUUGUCUCCACCAGGUCAGGAGACAAAUCUCAUACAGAUGGUUAUUUGGAUGCUGCAACAUCGACUUCUGAUUCAAAUCCACACAUAUAUUUGCCUUCUGGUGCCUCCAAGUGAAGAUUCCAGUUUAUCAAACGAUGAAGACACGCCUUUUGCUGCCAGGAUUGGGGGAAGAAGUCUUAGCACACCUAAUGCCCUAAGCUUUGGUUCACCAACAAGCAGUGAUGAUAUGACUUUAACCAGUCCAAGCAUGGAUAACUCAAGUGCUGAGCUGGUGCCAGGGGGAGAAUCGCCGGUCAACAAACGUACAACCGAGAAUCUUCUUGCAAGCCUUUCUCAGAAUGAGAAGGAAGCCAUUCUUAAUGUUCCCGCCGCUCAAAAUCAAGAUGAUCUUAAAAUGUUUGCAAGGCUUCUUCACUAUUUCCGGGGACAGCAUCACUUGGAAGAGAUCAUGUACAAUGAAAAUAUGCGUCGAUCACAACUCUUGAUGCUGUUUGAUAAAUUCCGAAGUGUACUUGUAGUGACAAACCAUGAGGAUCCAGUUAUAUCUAUCUUCCAGUCUGUCUUUUCUUGAUGAUUAAAUUAAUGCUCUCAAUAUGCGGUUAAUGGUUUUCAAUUAUUUGUUCCUGAUACAACCAGUCUACAAAUAAGCAAACUUUUUUCUAUUUAUUUUUAGGUUCUGCUGCUUUUAUUUGGAAAGUAGCACUGGAAAAAAAUAAUACCUUAGUUAUAUAUUCAUUAUUUGCAUCUAAAUUAUGAUUAAAUAUCUAUGUUCCUAAAAAUGUAAUUCAAUUUUGCUUUGAAAAUGAGGUGUGUAGUUUGUUUUUUAAAUCAAAUAAACCUUGAUGGAUCUUUACAUUAAAGAAACAAUCUACUGCCCGAAUACAAAAUAAAAUUCACUGUUUAGUAGGAAUACCA